GUGUGUGUGUGUGUGUGUGUGUCUGUUUGCCUUUGUGUGUGUGUUUAUUUUUGGGCCAAAAUGGAUAUCGCCUUGCGAGGCACAACAACAGCAUCAGCAUCGACAUCAGCAACUGGAACAGGUCUACAUCAUGCUGUCUCACUGGGCAACAUUCAGGUAUCCACGAAGGCCACUUAUUCCAGCCACAUGGAUCGCAGCUACGACUCUGAAGAUGAGCACACGGGUCGACGACGCUUGCGUCAAACGCUCUCCACCGAAUUGCAGCCUCGCACCUCCGUCUACUCGCGUGGAGAUAUAAGGGAACAGUACUGCCUUACAGAUCGCCAGCUGCACAGCAUCGAGCAGCGUCCACGUCGAGAGCGUUUCUUUGGUUGUCUCUCACGUCGGGGUCAAACACAGACGAGCAGCUUUCUGGGCGGCUGUGUGGGUCGUCGAGUGCCCUCCGAUGAGAAUCUAGCAGCCUAUGCGCCCUUUGAAAAGUAUCCACGCUAUCAGAAUAACUACACGGACACAAACGAACUGGAUAGUUCCUAUUUUCGCCGUCAACCGGCAUCGAUCCUAAGCACCGGCAAGUCAACUGAGCCGGAUUCGGGUGCUCGUUGCAACUGGAUAGGUCAGCAGACGCAGGCGCAGUCGAAUAACAACAGCAACAUUUAUCAAACGGAAUCGAGCUCGUACCACUGCCCCACUUAUGCCACAAUGCCAACGACACAACAACAGCAACAGGCUGGUAAUCCCAGAACCAAGCACGUAAGCUUUGCCAGAUCACAUACACUUACCAGCUUCGAUACCGUCAACGCCGGAUUUCGUUCAUCGGGUCGCUUAAAAAGCACACGCAGUCAGGAACGUUUAAUUGGUGGCAAGAAGCCCAUCAUUGCCACGGGCUCCAUGUAUGAAACGUUGCAGCCCAUGUUGCCACAUCAACAUCCUCCGCAACACCCACAACAGCAACAGAGCUCAACGCUGCCUAAGACUUGGGCUUUGCCAGCUCCAGUGCAGCUUCAAACUUGUCAGCAUCAUCCCAUACAUCUGCAUCAACAGUUGCCAGGUAACCAACACAACAUGUUGGGCUUGAUCAUACCACAACCGCUGCCCGUGACCUUGCCACCUCCCAGUCCGGAGAUACUUAUUGUGGAGAAGAAGUUCCGCAAUGCAAUGAAGACGCAGGCAACUCAAACAGAUGUGGCAACUCGUCUUUCCAAUUCCCAGAUGCUGGCCCUUAGUCCACGUGCCCCACAUCGCAUUAAAGUGAUGUCACAGGGAGCUCAAACGAAUGGUUUACAAAAUGGAAAAAAGCUGACAAAGAGUCUAUCGGAAAUACCCAACGGAAAGGAGCUUAAGCAUCAGCAUUAUCAACAGAGUUCGGACUAUCCGCAUGAUCUAAUCUAUCGCACGCAAUCCCAGGACGUAACCCCAUUGCAAACCAUCUCCGAUGCCCAGAACAACAUCAUGUACUACAAGCCACCUCCUCCUUUGUUGGACGCUCACAGCCACGGCCUGGGCAUGGAACACUUAAGUCGCGGUCGAGCUGAGCAGAAUGUGGAGUAUGUGAAUGUGAAUGCAGCUGCCAUUGCUUUAAAUGAGAGCUUCGAUUACGAGAGCAACAGUUUGCCACGUCGAGCGUGCACCUCGCAUGCGCGUACCGAGACGGAUUACUACUCCAACAGCUUACCCCGACGUCCGGAUGCUCUGCAUAGUCACGAUGUCUGCAAGCACAUAACCGAGUGUGCCGAGUUAAUGACGGACAGUGUUCCAUUGGACUUUACCCGGCCACAUCUUCUUCCUCCUCCAAGUGAGUACUGCAAAAACGAUGACGAUGUUGUGGAAGAAUAUUACGAUGAUGAGGAGGAGGAGGAUGUGAGGGCGCAUGAGACAGAGAGCUUCAGUUCCGAGGUGUGCAUGGAGCAAGCGCUGGCAGCAGCGGCUCAGAAUCGUCGCAUGUCCAUGUUGCCCCUAGAUGAUUCUCCUUUCCGUCGGGAUGACCUAAGACGUCAAUCCAUGCCUGUCUAUGGCCAGACGGAGAAGCUCAUUGAUGGCUUUGGGCCCCGUACUUCGUUCCGACGUCGGGACAAGGUCAGUUGCUUUGCAGAUGAGCCAUCGCCACGGGAUGAGCAGGAGAUCUUCAUUGACUUCAAGCCGCAUGUCUCGCCGAAGCCGAGUCCUAAGCAACAGCUUAAGCAUCGCAAGCAACACAAAGCGGAGAUUGCCAUGCGAAAGAUGCAGCAACAGAGGUUGGCCCAGGCGGCCGCCUUAACUCUACCGAAGCUAAAGCAACAGCCAGUCGAGCUUGAGGCUAGAAAAGUUGAGCUUGAGCCCAGUGACGUUGAGGGGGACGACGACGAGGAGGAAGAAGAGCCAGAUGAGCUGACCCAACAGUCACUGCAGGAUCCAGUCAUGGAUCAGGAGCAUCCCGAUGACGAUGAACCCCUCUAUGAGAACAUAACCCCUUGUGGCUGUAAGAUAGAACCCAUUCCAGAUCCAAUUCCGGAUAAACGUGCGCAGUUCCGCAAGCGUUCAGUUAGCCUGGAUGACGAUUAUGCCGCCAUGUCAGCGGUUUGUCCACCUCCGGGAUUAAGGCUACCCUCCACACCGGCUAGUCCUUGUCGGGAUGAGCUGCUGCUGGCCAAUGUCUCAACUUAUCCAUCCUCAGACUCGCUGGCCAAUGACAACACACGCGAUCACUCCGAUGGCAUUUGGAACGAAUCUCAAGUGACUGUCCUAACUGCCGAGCAACGCGACAUCUCCGACGGUUCUUAUAGCUCCAAUUUACUGCUAACACCUUCAUCGAAGAGGAAGAACCUGCUUCUGCAGCAUCAACAACGCAGCUCCGUCGACACAGAUGUAUUGGACUUGGAGGAACUGAGUCCCACCUAUGGCCUCCAAACACUGCCCAGGAUUAUCAAAACGCCAACCCCCACCACAACGAAGUCAAAAGAAGCUCCUCUGCAUUCGGUUAUCACACCCGCCAUUGCUGUGACGCCCUCAAGCAACCAGCUGCCGGAUACGAUAUGUUCUCCUCUCCCAAAGCGGAGUAUGGUUUCUCGAGGCUCCGUGCCAGACGCUCGACAACUGAUGUAUGUGACGGGAGUACCAAAGCAGCGCCACUCGGAUGCCUCGUUUUUGCCAUCGUCUGGAGGAGAUUAUGCACGCAGUGCAGAUAUCUCGGAGUGCAGCACGAACACAGAUGAGUAUGCCACCUGCACGGAUACAUCGAAGCGUACACCAGGUAUUAAGACACCGCCGACAACGACAAGCUCAUCGUCGACCACACAAGUGCCAGUGUCUACGCAGAGCUCACAACUGGAAAAAACCCAUGCGGGUUCUUCCUUCGAAAGUGCCAGUUCUUUGUACUCCAUGCGGGAGGAACUUUUACAGCACGAUGAGAAGGAAAAGCUGGAUAAACCCUCCGUGAAAGCCAAUCAGUUAAAGUCACCGAUUGGUUCUCUAUCGGAGCUUGCAAGGAAGUCACCUUCCCACUCGAUAAGCAGUGCGACUUCCUCUGGCAGCUGUCAGAUGUCUGGCCAGGCGAUCAAGUCCCCCGCCAGGGAAUGUCAGCCCCAGACGGUGAGUAGUACAGCCAGCGCUCAGAUGAAGGUCUGCGUUGCGGAGACGGUGGCACCACAGAAACCCAAGCCGGAAUCCAUAUCGGAGGAUGAGCGCAGUGAAGUGCGUUACUCCUCCUCCGGCUACUACGAGAGUCCGCACGAUGAGGAUGAUGAGGAGCAGGUGACACCCAUCUGCAAGGCACGUCGCCAGCGCCAGGAGGACGAGCGUAAGCGAAGGAAAACCAGCAUGAAGUUGGAUAUUGAAAAGGAGAACAUGCGAGCAUUGACGAGUCCCGUCAAGAAACCCGCUGGACCCGUCAAGUUGCAAUCUCCGGAUGAAAUCAGUGCUGCCAUCAGCAUAGACGGUGGAAGUCCCAGCAAGAUGAAACGAUUCCGUCCCAAAAUACGACGACAGCUGCGAAAGAGUUCGCGAGAAGACGUUCUCGCAGCUGCAUCCGCUAGACGUGCACGUGCCACGCCCACCAUCUUUGGCCUAAGCAGCGUCAGUGGAGAUACCGAGGUACUCCUCGAUGCCAGCAUGACCAGCACAAUGGGACCGAGGGUCAUCACAACACCAGAUGCUGCCACAACCGCGUCAACAACAACAACAACAACAUCGGCCUCGUCCACGGGGACGACAACGUUGCAGGAACAAGUGGUACCUCCGCCGGGGAGAAAGCCGCACAGUUGUGCCACUCCCACAGCCCUAUUGUCACCCAAAUUGCCCGUGGCCGCUUCCUUGCCUGCUACAAAAUCCGCUUCGGAAGCGGGUCAACUAAAGGCAAAGUCCAUUGAAUCCCUUCGCUCCGUUUCUCCUGGUUCCGAUUCCGUUUUCUACAGCGAAGCAGACCAAAAUGCGGCAAGUGCCGAUCAGGGACAUUGUCUGCACUGUGGCAAGGAGGUGGAGGGAAAGCAGCACAGCAUUACGGCCAGCGAACUGGUCGGAGAUUCUGUAGAGUCCAUACCGUACAUCGAACAGGAGGCGGACAUUGUGAAGCCACCCUCCGACUUUGCCGACUCCCCGGUGACCACUAAAACCACACAGCGUCUCUACAAAAAGAUGGAUAAACGAUUCCGUUCCGAGGAGCGUUACCAUGGCGAGAGGGGAAGACACUACAAGACGAGGCAGGAGAACAUACGCGCCAAGAGUGAGGAACGUGGACGGGCUCCCAGUCUGCCCAACACUCCCAUUCUCCGACCCGCCGGCUCCAGUCCCUGUGUACUGCCUGACAUCAACACGGAGCAGAGUCAGCAUAUCAUCUACAAGGGUCACUAUGAUGCAGGGCGUUAUACGCGCCUAACCGAUGAUGAUCUGUGGACGCAAUUGGAUCAUCAGUGUUUCGAUCGGUCGAGAGAGCGUCGUGCUUCAACAGAAUCGGAAAAGAGUUUCCAUGCCAAGUACCAGGUGAUACUACAUCGUUUGGUACAGCGACGUUGUACACUCGAAAUGUACCAUCGCCAGAAGCACAACAACUUCCGCGUUGACAAAACGGUUGUGGUUAAAAGCGAUUCGGGUGAGUUUGGAUUUCGCAUACACGGCUCUAAGCCGGUUGUGGUUGCUGCCAUUGAGCCAGAGACGCCAGCGGAGAGUUCCGGCCUGGAGGUUGGCGAUAUCAUCAUAUCGGUGAAUGGCGUUCAAGUGUUGGAUAAGCACCACACCGAGGUGGUAAAGAUAGCACACGAUGGUUGUGAGAAACUAGAAUUACAGGUGGCACGCACUAUUGGUGUCCUCAUGCACGAACAACUGGAACCACCGAGUCAACCCAUUUUCAGUGGUUACCUGUGGCGACAGAGCGGUCAGGCAAAGGGUGCUCCUAAUACAAAGAAAUGGGUGCGACGUUGGUUCUCUCUCCGGCCGGACAAUUGCCUCUAUUACUAUAAGACGGAAGAUGACUCUCAACCCGUGGGUGCAAUGAUAAUGGCCAAACAUACUGUGGACUUGUGCCCUUUGGAUAUAGGAAAACCCUAUGCCUUUAAGGUGGACUCCGGGGAGGGAAUACCUAUGUAUGUGGCUGCUGACUCUGAGGAAUUGGUCAACAGAUGGUUAAAUUUACUGCGACAAGCGGCGACACAGGAUAAUCAGUGGCUGGACAAGAGCGCCCGUUGCUUGUACCAGAGUCCCGGGAACAUAAUGCGACCGGAUUGUUUUGGCCAUUUAUUAAAAUUGGGCUCAAGGUGGUGCGGUUGGUCGAAACGCUAUUGUGUACUUAAGGAUGCCUGUCUCUAUUUUUAUCAAGAUGCAAAUAGCAAAAGUGCAUUCGGCAUGGCCUGUUUGCAUGGCUAUAAAGUGGCCUCAAUGUCCGCCAAUGCGUCCGGCAAGAAGAACUCAUUCGAAAUAAUACCACCCGAAGCGAAAUUACGUCAUUACUACUUCUGCACCGAAAGUGAAAUGGACAAAAAGCGUUGGAUAUCCGCUCUGGAGUAUUCCAUUGAUCGGUGGAUAAAGUCCGGGUAACUAAGGUUAAAAACACGCUCCAGAUCGGCUUUAAGUAGCCGACACAAGCGUCGAAGUUUUAGCUACUUCAUGGAUUAGUUCUAAUAUCGGAAGCUGAAAUUCGGAUUGGGACAUUAGUACGGGUACUAGGUACUACCAACUAGCUCUUAAGCAACCACAGCAACCAUAAGAAUCACAGCAACCACAUGAGGAAUCAAGAAGACGAAAAUACUUAGAAAUUAGUCCAGCGUUUUUUAUAGUAACUAAGACAAGGAAUUUAGAAAGCUAGGCGAAUCGGGUUUAAAAAACUAUUUGAAAAACUAUUUUGAAUAGCCCUUAAAAAAAUAUAUUAUAAUAGAACUUUUGGUGUGUAUUCUUGUUAUACAUUAUAGUUUAUAUACAUACUUAUGUUUAGUGAGGUUGUCUUGUUAUACACACAUACAAACACACACACAAUAUACACAUAUAUACAGCAUAUUAUAUAAAUAGUCGUAAUACCAAGCAGCAGACCAAAAUAUUGUCUCUAAAGUGUGUGAAAACAGUAUGAUCAGCACGGUGGGAAUAUUUACAAAAAAUAUAGAAAAAAAAUAGAAAAGAUUGAAACUGACUUUGGGGUAAAAAAAACUGUCAAAAACUCAUGACCAAUUUCAAAAGCAAACCCAAAUGACAACUAAAGAAGGUUUGAAAUUUAGAAAUAGUAAGAGAAAUUCAGAAAUCAUAAAAAUAGUUAUAUUUAUGGGCUGUUCCAUAAUGAGUUAAUACUUAGUUCGAGUGCAAACGGUUUUCGUCCUUAUUGGAAAUAGAAGAUGAAGAAGCGGGGAAAUUGAGAAAUUUAUUAGUUAGACACAAUUAAUAUUCUGAUGAUAUAUGUAUAGCGUUUUUAUAAACACGAAACAAACACAUUGUAGCUUAGCUUAGCUUUUGAUAGGUUGAGUUUUUUUUAUAAGUCGAUCGUUUGUCUGAUAUUAACACAUAACAAUAAUAUGGAAAAUGUUUUAUGGAUAGUUCAUACACAUAGACACACAAAUACAUACAUAUUUCAAAAUCCAGUAGUUACUUUGUCAUAUAUGCAAUAUAUGAUCUUUUUUUGGAUCAGUGUGUGCCAUUUUUAGCUUGAGUUUUUUGUUAAGCAUGAGUAUAUUAUAUAUUUGAUAUUUUAAAAAUAUAAAUUUCCAAUCAAUGAGUGCGCUGGUUCAUUUAGAUAAUACUAAUAAUAUAUACAAAUAUAUACACAUAUACUCGUAUAUAUAUACUCAGUGACAGCCAUUUUAUGUUAUGUAAGUUAUCUGUGGAGAUGACAAAUUUAAGUAAAAAAAAAACUAAAUAAGAGCUUUAAUUAUUAAAUAAAGAAUAUACCAAGAACAAAA